AUGUGGCAUAUAUGGGAGAAAUUGAAGACAAAGGUUGGUCCUGUUUUGUCAGCAAACACUGAUUUUAAUACAAGAAUGACUCAUGUUGUUUGGAAUGAUACUAUUAUUCCAGAAGAUUUUGAAACUGAGUGGCAUUCAAUAAUGUCUACUUUUGGAUUGGAAAAUCAUGAGUGGUUAAAAGAUAUGUACGAUCUUCGAUUUGAUUGGAUUCCUGCUUAUUACCAAGGAGAGGAUUUGGCUGGACUUAUGCGUACUACGUCAAGAUGUGAAAGCGAGAAUUACUUCUUUGGUCAGAUUUGCAAUCCAAGAUGUACACUUGUUGAAUUUUUUACUCAUUUUGAGACUGCAAUGGAUAUUCAAAGGCAUGAGCAUAGGAGGAAUGAUCAUGAUACAAGGUGCAGCAAACAAGAAGAUGGUUUAAGUAUAAGUUGUUCUUGCAAACGGUUUGAACAAUUUGGUAUAUUGUGCCGCCAUAUAUUUUACGUAUUACGGAAUAGUGCAAUUGAUAAAGUUUAUAGAGAAAUUGUUGUUGCAAAUGAGUAUGUGGUUAAUAGGCUGGUUGGCGAUUUAGAUGAACUGUGUCAUUACAGGGAUCAUAUUAAAAGUUAUAUUGAUAAAGCAGAUGAGGUUAUGGUUGCUGCGCCGCCUCCUAGUCGCAAAGAAAGAUUUGCUGAUAUUGGAGGGAACUUAGAAAAAUCAGAUUCUAUGAUUCGUGUCCCGAUAAAAAUAAGGACCAAAGGAUGCGGUGUUCAAAAAAGGAUCAAGUCUAAUCGUGAGAUUGCAAUUCAGAAAUCAUCAAAGAUCCAGAAAUCGUGCCGUGUAUGUGGUGGAAAAGGACAUAACAGUCGCACAUGUAAAGAUAAGGUUUCUUCUAAUGCUAUAGGUUCUAGCAAUGGAAUGUAA